AUGCGCACCCGCAUCAAAGAGGUUCUGGGGGUCGAUUGGUUUGACGGCGCAGUGAUGAAUUGUACAUGGGAAGGACCCAGAGUCCGAGACAUUCUCCUGGCUGCAGGCGUCCAAGAAGACCGGGUGGUGCAUGAUGGCGUCUCACCAAUGCACGUCCAUUUCGCCAAUUAUGGUGGCAAGACUCAACAAGAUGAGUGGUACGGCGGUAGCAUACCGUUCGAUCGAGCGAUGGAUCCUGAGAUGGAAGUCAUUCUAGCUGUCAAGAUGAAUGGACUGCCCUUGCCUGCUCGUCAUGGUUUCCCAGUCCGGUCGGUGGUUCCCGGUGUGCUCGGAGCUCGUUCUGUCAAAUGGCUCGACCGGAUUUCGAUUUCGGACAAGGAGUCGCCCUGUUUCUAUCAGCAGCAUGACUACAAAGUCUUACCGCCCGAAGCAGUUGAUGCAGCAACAGCUGAAAAGUAUUGGGUCUUGUGCCCUUCAAUGCUCGAAAUGCCGGUCAAUUCCUGUAUUGCCUAUCCAACUUCUGAAUCUACAAUCACUCUCCCAUCCAGUGGUUCGAUUGAAGUUCUUGGUUAUGCCGUCCCACAAGGCCAUCAUGGUCCUGUUAUCAGAGUGCAAGUUUCGGGUGAUGAAGGCAAAACUUGGGUGGAUGCACAGCUCGAAGACGGUGGCGAAACUGGGAGCCGAUGGACCUGGGUCCUGUGGAACGCAAGCAUCAAGAUGGAGAGAGGAAAGGGCAAGAAGAUCUUUGCCAAAGCAACAGAUGCUGGAGGGAAUUCGCAAACACAAGAGAGAUCAACCUGGAAUCUUCGUGGAGUUGGGUAUAAUGGUUACGAGGCUGCAUUUGAUCUAACGGUUCUGUGA